AUGGCUGUCAAGAAGGUCUUCGCCCGCUCCGUCUACGACUCCCGUGGAAACCCUACCGUCGAGGUUGACGUCGUCACCGAGACUGGCCUCCACCGUGCCAUCGUUCCCUCCGGUGCCUCUACCGGUCAGCACGAGGCUUGCGAGCUCCGAGAUGGUGACAAGUCCAAGUGGGGUGGCAAGGGUGUCACCAAGGCCGUCGAGAACGUGAACACCGUCAUUGCUCCCGCUCUUAUCGAGAAGAACCUCGAUGUCAAGGACCAGUCCGCUGUCGAUGCUUUCCUGAACGAGCUCGAUGGUACUCCCAACAAGACCAAGCUUGGUGCCAAUGCUAUUCUCGGUGUAUCUCUGGCCGUCGCCAAGGCUGGUGCUGCUGAGAAGGGAGUUCCUCUGUACGCUCACGUCUCUGACCUCGCCGGAACCAAGAAGCCUUACGUCCUUCCCGUUCCCUUCAUGAACGUCCUCAACGGUGGCUCCCACGCUGGCGGUCGUCUCGCCUUCCAAGAGUUCAUGAUCGUUCCUACUGAGGCGCCCACCUUCACCGAGGCCAUGCGCCAGGGUGCUGAGGUCUACCAGGCCCUGAAGGGUUUGGCUAAGAAGCGAUACGGCCAAUCCGCUGGCAACGUCGGUGAUGAGGGUGGUGUUGCUCCCGAUAUUCAAACUGCCGAGGAGGCCCUUGAGCUUAUCACCGAUGCUAUUGAGCAGGUUGGCUACACCGGCAAGAUCAAGAUCGCUAUGGAUGUCGCCUCCAGCGAGUUCUACAAGGUCGAGGAGAAGAAGUACGAUCUUGACUUCAAGAACCCCGAGUCAGACCCCACCAAGUGGAUUACAUACGAGGAGCUUGCCAACCUGUACUCAGAGCUCUGCAAGAAGUAUCCUAUCGUGUCCAUUGAGGACCCCUUCGCUGAGGACGACUGGGAGGCUUGGAGCUACUUCUCCAAGACCCAGGACAUCCAAAUUGUUGGUGAUGAUUUGACUGUCACCAACCCUCUGCGUAUCAAGAAGGCCAUCGAGCUCAAGUCCUGCAACGCCCUUCUUCUCAAGGUCAACCAGAUUGGUACUCUGACCGAGUCUAUCCAGGCUGCCAAGGACUCCUACGCUGAUGGCUGGGGUGUCAUGGUCUCUCACCGAUCCGGCGAGACUGAGGAUGUCACCAUUGCUGACAUUGCUGUCGGUCUCCGUGCCGGCGAGAUCAAGACCGGUGCCCCUGCCCGAUCUGAGCGUCUCGCCAAGCUCAACCAGAUUCUCCGAAUUGAGGAGGAGCUUGGUGACCAGGCUAUUUACCCUGGCGCUAACUUCCGCAAGUCUGUUAACCUGUAA